UUUGAAGUCACAAUUUCCAUGUAUUUACCGAGCACAAUUUGAAAUCGAUCAUUUUUUCGGCAAGAAAUUCUGAGCCAGACGCUGAAGCUGCCAAAACUCACGUGAGAGCUUCGAUAAUGCACUUUGAGCCAGCGUCCUUUUGAAAAAAAACGAACUAUAGAUGAGUCACCUGUAAACGGAACAGCUCAGUGAUUUUGAGCCAGUCAUGGCUAGUUUGCUGGAGCAAUAUGCUCAGUCGAGCCAGGCGGCCGGGCCUCGGUCGCUCCCAGCAGGGGUGUCGGCCAGCGUCGUGCAGCCCAUCUUCACGAAGCAGAAGGUGAACUUCCAGCCGACGUCUCCCAUCACGCAUCUGGUGGUGGCGAACCAUCAGCUGGUCGUGGCGCUGGCCAACAAAACACUGCUGAGAAUCGACCUGAUGCAGCCCGAUCAGCCGCAUGAGGUGGAUCUAUCCAAGGAGACAGCCGGCUGUCGUGUUCAGCAGCUGUACCUGGACCCGUCCGGCCACCAUCUACUGGUGGCGGCGGCGCCGCGCGACGGAGACCUGACCGGCGCGCAGCUCCUCUACCUACCCGGCAGGGCGGUCAGAGCCAGACAGGUAGGUCAGCUGCGCGGUCAGCUGAUCACGGCCGUUGGAUGGAGCCACACUCUGGCCACCCCGGCCACCACGGGACCGCUGCUAGCGGGAAACUCUCAGGGAGUCGUCACUGAACUGGAGCUCACUGCAGACGAGAGGAGGUUCUCACGACUGGAGGUCUACAAUAAACAGGUCCUGGAGCUAACCCCUCCGGCCUCUGUGACCGGACUGGAGUACCACCGAGUACCCGACACUGACCGGUACCUAGCCCUUGUGGCCACGGCCGGACGACUGUACCAGUACACCGGUACCGUGCCCGCGCACGACGCCCGACCGCUGCUGACACCGCUCUUCGCCGUACAGGAGCGUUUUCUGGAGAUUCCCAGCUCUCUGUCGUUCUCUCGGCUGGCGUUCUUCUACCCGCGGCCCGGCGCGCCGCCGGAGCGGUUCGCCUGGCUCACUGAACCUGGAGUGCUGGUCGGACGGGUGGACACGGAUGGCACAGACGGUCUAGUAACCGACACUCACCUCCUGGCUCACGACACAAACGGAGCAGGAGCCGCCGGAGCCACCGGAGCCGGAGGCGGAGCCGGAGCGGGGGGCGGACAGCAGCGACACGCGCCACGUGCCCUGGCGCUCACAGAGUUCCACGUGCUGCUACUGCAGCCGGCACGUGUGCGCGCCACGUGUGUGCUCGACCAGCGACACGUGUUUGAAGACCUGGCCAGUGAGGCUCACGGUCCUCUGCUGACCAUCUGCCGUGACCCGAUACACGGCACCCUAUGGAGCGCCGCCGAGAGGGCCGUCUACAAAUACAAGGUGGUGGAUGAGACCAGGGAUGUCUGGCAGGUGUUCGUAUCUAAAGGACAGUACGAUCUGGCUCGCCAGCACUGUCAGAGCAACCCGGCCGUGGUGGACCGAAUUACAGCUCACCAGGCGGAGGACUGCUUCGACAAGGGAGAGUUCGCCCGCAGCGCUGAGCUGUUCGCGGACUCCCGGUGCCGACUGGAGGAAGUGGCCCUCAAGUUCAUGGGCAAAGAGGAGUACGGUCCACUACGACAGUUCCUUAUGAUGCGCCUGUCGUCCCUGCCCGCCUCUGGCGGGGUCCGCGCCGCCCUGCUGGUCAUCUGGUGCCUGGAGUUGUUCCUCACUCAGCUGGAUAGGCUGGAGGAGGAGGAGGAGCAGAGCAGGAGGAAGCUGCGGAAGGAGAUGAUGCAGUUCCUGACGUCGCAGCGCGCGCUGGAUCACGUGCGUCAGGCGCGCAGUACCAUGUACGACCUGAUGUCGCGCCACGGAGACUGGGCGGCCGUCACAGAGCUGGCAGAGCUACUCGGGGACUGGGAGACGGUGGUGAGACAUCACCUCAAGAACGGACACGUCACCAAAGCGCUGGAGACGCUGCGCCGCCACCCGGAUCCGCAGCUGCUCUGUGAGCUGGUCCCUCAGCUGGUCCGAGCCGAACCCACUCUUACCAUAGACCUGGUGGUCGCUCAGGGACGGAAACUCAAACCGGCGCUGCUCAUGCCGCGACUCAUACUGGCCGAUACGUCCGAGGAACAGGGUCAGCAGAUUCUGCGCUACCUGGAGUUUUGCGUCAACACUCUGGAGAGUACUGACAACGUGGCUCAUAACUACUUGGUCACUCUGUACACGCGGUACAGGCCUGACAAACUGAUGGCCUACCUGCACGGACAAGGGUCCGACCGCCACUGCGUGCACUACACUCCGGGCCACGUGCUGCGCCAGUGCUUCGUGCGCCAGCCGCGGGCGGCCGUACACGUUCUGACCGUGGUUGGACGGUACCAGGAGGCGGUGGAGCUGGCCCUGAAGCAUGACGUGGCGCUGGCCAAACAGGUGGCUAACCUACCCGAGGAUGACGACACGCUGAAAAAGAGGCUCUGGUUGCUGAUUGCCAAGCACACGAUCCAGUGUGACCAGGACGUGCAGCGGACGAUGCAGUUUCUGGCCGAGUGUCGGCUGCUCAGGAUCGAGGACGUGCUGCCCUUCUUCCCCGACUUCGUCACCAUCGACGACUUCAAGGAGGCCAUCUGUGACUCUCUGCAGUCUUACAACGAACACAUCGGAGAGCUACGAACUGACAUGGAGGAGGCGGCGCGGGCCACCGAACUGCUGAGAACGGAAAUUGAACACUUCCGGGAGGGAUACGUCACCGUACAGGCGUCAGACACAUGUCAGAUCUGCCGCCAUCAGCUCCUCACCCGGCCUCUGUACGUGUUUCCCUGCGGCCACAAGUUCCAUCAGGACUGUCUGGCGGACGAGGUGACCCCAUUACUCAGUCAGGAGCAGCGCGACAGGGUCGCUGAACUCGAGCACAAGCUGACCACGCUACCAGAGGACGACCUGGGGUCGGCAGCGGCCGGCGGAGUGACCCAGGUCAGCCCACGGGUCACCGUCAGGGAAGAACUGGACGAACUGGUGGCCGCCGAGUGUCUCUACUGCGGCGACUACCUCAUCAGGGUGCUGGACGAACCUCUACUGAACGACUUUCCGGAACGCUAGUGGCCUACUCUUCCCUUCUCACUUACAAAGGUCGCACCCCCACCCCAUGAUAUCAAAUGAGUAUGUGCGGAGGUAGCUGGUGGUAUAAGACCAGUCUGCUCAUCAGGUUAUCGUGGGGAAGUGGUCACUAUUAUGAUAUAUUAUUGCUUGUGUAUGCUUACAUAAAUUGCCUGUGUGUUUAUCGCAUUGUUAAUGCCAUCGUGGAGUCUGUGUCCAACACGCUAUCUUGGUGAACCGUAUCGGAGGCAGUUUUACUGGUAUGGGAGCGCCUGUGUACGGGACGAAAGGAGAGGGGAGGGGAGGGUCAGAACAGGCGUCAUGCUGUCCACUCAGUUGGUCUCGUGUGUGUCUGGCUUAUCCUCUUCUCUGGUUUGUAGAGGACGUCAUCCAUAAACUUGCUAGUCGCGGGUGAGUGUGAACCGCCCUCUACUUUCCAUAGAGGGGACUAGGAGGGGGCAGGGUGAUCCAUUCACAGCGCCGUCUACUAGUUUUGAGUGUGUCUGAAUUGGGCCUUAGUCCCAAACUCCCAAGACAGGAGAAAAGGGGGCAGGGCAGGCGUCAUCCACGCUUCCACUUUUGGCUAGCCACGGGCUGUGUAUGUACUGCCCUCUCCUCUCCUCUGCCCUUGUCUCCCCUCAUUCUCCCCCUUUUCCUUGACGACGUGGGACCACAGUCCAGCAAUUCAGCCUCCUUGGGGUUAUGAGGCGCGCGGUACCGGCCAAUGGAUGGUCCGUGCUUCGGGCGAGUCUGUUGGCUGGUGUGUGCUGGUGUGUGGCUUGUAUCUGAUUCCAGUAUGUUGCGUUUGUGAUGAUUUUGUGUGUGACUGUGUAUGCGGGAAAAUGAAUUUGUAUUCUUUCAUUGAUCGCGGACUGAAGUAUAUCGCUAUUCGCUGUGUUAUCUACGUAAAUAUAUUAUAAUUGUGCAAGAA